AUGUCUCGUAAAAGAGUUAAUCCGGGACCCAUUGAUGAUUCUUUAUUGACUAUGCAAUCAAUUCACGUGUCUGAGCACGUAUGGAAUGGUGAGGCUGAUAGAGUUCUUCGUAUUAGAAGAGCUACCAAAAGUGGUCAUCGAGAUGGGUCAAUUCCUGACGAAUUAAGACCUUAUCUUGCACGAGCAGGGAUGCUUGGAGUGGCUGAAAUCUCAUACUUUCCUAUUGACCACCAGUUAAUUUCAGCAUUAGUUGAGAGAUGGAGGCCAGAGACACCCACUUUUCACAUGACAUUUGGAGAGUGUACAAUUACAUUGGAAGAUGUUUCAGUUUUGUUAGGUCUAAAGGUACAUGGAGACCCAAUUACUGGUAUUUCGACAUAUAAUUGGGUCCCACUUGUUCAAGAUUUGUUUGGAAUAACACCACCAGCAAAUGCAAUUAAAGGUGGAAGGCUGAAGAUGAGCUGGGUUGAUGAACAUUUUUUUGAUAUUUCGAUGCAUGUGCAUAACAUUGAACAAAUGGAACGAUACACCUGA